CGCCGUAGGUGCGCAGCGCACCGCGCACGGAUCCCUAAAGAUGCGCACAUGGACACUGCGCAGCUCUUAUUUUUCUUAUUUCUGAGAUAUCAUAUGAAUCUGCUAUUUGAAUAUAGUUUUGAACUUGAUAUAGUCUUGAACAUGAGUUCCUGUUAGUUGAGGGAGAUGGAGCAUGCGUCCAAACGCAUCACGCAGCAUCGCUGCUCUCCCCAGCUCCACACGGGCGAUGUGGUACUCCGGUGUGGCGAUCGCUUCUGUCUACGGGACCAUCAGCGUGCUGGGUCUCAUCGGAAACAUCACGCUCAUCAGAACGUUUUGUUCUGCCAAAUCCAUCCGCAGCGUACCGAACCUCUUCAUGUCCAGCCUUGCGCUCGGGGAUGUCCUGCUGCUGGUUACCUGUGCUCCGGUGGAUGCCAGCCGCUUCCUCUCUGAGGAGUGGCUGUUCGGUAGAGUGGGUUGUAAAGUCCUUCCCUUCAUUCAGCUCACCUCGGUCGGGGUGUCUGUUUUCACGCUUACAGCCCUCUCAGCUGACAGGUACAGGGCCAUUGUGAAACCCCUGGACAUCCAAACUUCAUCCACCACCAGCAUCAUCCUUCAGGCAGCCCUUAUCUGGAUCUUCUCUCUGAUCUUGGCCAUCCCUGAGGCUGUUUACUCUGACCUGCACACCUUCUUCAUCCCCUCCACCAACGAGAGCUUUACCACCUGUGCCCCGUAUCCUCACAAGAGCCAACUACAUCCUCAAAUUCACUCUAUGGCUUCCUUCCUCAUUUUCUACAUUAUCCCCCUGGUGGUGAUAUCUGUGUACUACACCUUCAUUGCCCGCAGCCUGCUGAACAGCACCUCUGAUCUUCCUGGGGAGGGCAAUGUGCAGGCAAGACGUCAGGUUGAAUCCAGAAAGCGUUUGGCCAAGACAGUUCUGGUGUUUGUUGGCCUCUUUGCAGUUUGCUGGCUGCCCAGCCACAUCAUCUACUUGUACCGCUCCUAUCACUACAACCAGGUGGACACCUCUGUGGUUCACUUCAUUUGCAGCGUUGCUGCUCGUAUUCUGGCCUUCACCAACUCCUGCAUCAACCCAUUUGCCCUUUACCUGCUGAGCAAGACUUUCAAGAAGCAGUUCAACCAGCAGCUUUGCUUUUGCUGUCGUCUGGUCCUGAAGCACUCCCCACAGAGCCCGACACAUCACAACACACGCAUGAUUUCCAUCCACAGCACACGACACUCUGUAGCCAGUCUGACCUUGAUUAACAGCAGGCAGGCCUGCCAAGAAGACCACGUCUAGUGUGUGUGUGUGUGUGUGUGUGUGUGUGUGUGUGUGUGUGUGUGUGUGUGUGUGUGUGUGUGUGUUGUGAUUGUGCUUUUACAUGUGUGUGGUGACUUUCUUGUGUCCAUACGUAGUAUAGUGCAAAAAGUGUAAAAUAUUGAAAAUGUUUAUUUUUCAGCUGAUUUAUUAUUUGCGUACUUUAAAAUGAUCUCAUUAAGAAAACUUUAUUUAUUAAAGCCGGAUAUGAGAUCAGUGUAGUUUGUUUGUUGCUGAACCAAAACCUGAGCUCAGGCAUUUUUUUUUCGAUUUUUCUUUACAAAGAAUGAUAAUAACUUACUCUAUUAUUAAAAAUGGUUUAACAAUAAUCUAGCUUAUUUCGGUGCGCUCUGUGCUGUCGGUAUUAAACUGAUGUUUUUGUGGAUUAUUAAGUAAAAAUGUCUUACAGGUAUUUUUCACUGUGAUCAUUUCCAGGAGCUGUAGAAGUUUUUGUGUUAGACCAAUUAUUCUAAAACACAAAAAUAAAAUAAAUUAAUAAUUUCACCUCACUUUUACCUCUGUUUAUUUGUCAGUAUGCCUUUAGGUUUGCAAAAAACUGAACCUGUGUAUAUUUCUAUAUUGAAUAAUGAUGUAAAAUGUUCUGUCUGGUGUUGUGUGUUUAGCACAUUUCUGAACAUCCGAUGCUGAUAAAAUGCUAAAAUUGCACCUCCACUGAAGCAGUUUUAAACGU